CUAACCCUAAAGAAACAGCUUUGGACUGUCGUUCCAGAUUUUGGCGGUGGUGGUCGCAGGAAUAUUGCUAGGUUGUAGUAGUUUGCCCAGAGAGAUUGAAUUUAGGGACCAUAUUUGAUAUUUAACCGUCUAACUUGUUCCUUCUUUAUUGUUCAAUUUCGUCCGACUCGGUUUGACUGAAGAAUCCAGAAACCCUAACCCCAAUAGCUGAUAGCUAGCGCCUCCUUCAAUCUCUCCCCUUGAAUUCCUAAUGGACAGGAAACUUGAAACUUCCGAGAAAAAGGUUCUUGUUGAAAUCGUGAAGUUAGUUCAAAAGCGAGGACUGGAAGGAACACAAGGAGGAUGGAAGGAGUUUUUGAAAACUUAUGACAAAAAGUUUGGUGCUUCUUUGAGUGAUCCUUCGAAGCGGUCCAAUGAUGUCUUAGUAUCGUUUCUUAAGACAUUUACUAAAGAUGACGAUUUGGAACUUUUCUCUAGAGUUUUGCAAAGUCAUUUAAAUAGGAACAGAGUUGAACAAUUUAGCAAACAAUCUCGGGACAAUGAAACCCCUGAGCAGAAUCUUGUUCGUUUAACUCUGGAACACCCACAAUAUCUGAUUGAUUAUGCAUUCCCGAUAGUUGAUGAGGGAUGGAUUGUUAUCAAGCCCCCUAAAAAAUCCCGGGCGCUGAAGUCCAAUGUGAUGAUUGCUGUUGACUGUGAAAUGGUUCUCUGUGAUGAUGGAACUGAAGCAUUAGUGAGAGUUUGUGCUGUAGAUCGUGAUUUACAGGUCAAAAUCAAUGAACUUAUAAAACCAAACAAAGCAGUGGCUGAUUAUCGGACUGAGAUUACUGGAGUAGCUGCAGGAGACUUGGAUGGUGUUACUUGUUCAGUAGCUGACAUACAGAAAUCCCUGAAGAAGCUUUUAUCUAAUGGAACUAUUUUAGUGGGACAUGGUUUGCACAAUGAUUUGCAAGUGUUAAAGAUAGACCAUGCAAGAGUGAUUGACACAUCCUAUAUCUUCAAAUAUUUGGAUGCACCUAUCUAUAGAAAACCAUCUUUGAAUAACUUGUGCAAGUCCGUACUGGGAUAUGAAGUUCGAAAGCCUGGUGCUGCUCAUAAUUGUCUAGAUGAUGCAUGUGCUGCAAUGAAACUAGUUCUUGCUAAGCUAGAGCGUGGUGAAAUUACCCUGGUUCCAGAUGUAUCUCAACCUGAAAGGGAGAAGCUACUACUCCACAGAAUACCAGUCUAUGUUCAUAGAGAAGAAAUUUCCAAAGUCAUUCCUGGAGCUGUUGCGAUUGAAGUAAAGCCAACUAAAAAGCUUCAAGGUCGCCAUUACUCUGCAAUUGCUAUCUUUAGUAGUCCUCAAGAAGCAAACCAAGCAUAUGAAAAUAUGGAAGGCAAUGAAGAAAAGGAUUCGCAUGGACUACCACAGAAACUUGUUAGCUUUCAGUUUGGCGAUGGAUCAACUGCUAGUUUAUACAUCCGUAAAAUGGCACAGGAAGAUUCUCACCGUGAAGUUUUGUCGAAUAAAAGAGCAUUCGAGGGCGAGGAGACAUCGAUUGAAUCCAAAAAGCUGAAGACGGAUGAGAAAAUCACGAAGAAAGUUAUGGAAGAUAACAGUCAACUUGAUGAUCACUUAAAAGAGAUAGAACGAUUGAAGCAAGAACUGCAGGAGAAAGAUGCUAAAAUUGUGUUGCAGGAUAAGAUGAUAUCUAACCUUCUAAAGAAGGUUGAAGAAAUGAAAAAGGUUCUUAAUAAAAGGAAAUAGGUCAUGCAGUAGUGUUUUUACAGUCACUUUUUGGUACACGAUUUUACAAUCUAUUAACCCCAACCUGGUUCAAGUGUCAUGUUCAGUGUUGUUUUGGUUAGGAACACCGUGUCUUUUGUCCUUACUUUCAGUAAUGCCUCAGCAAAGUCGUGCUUACUCUACUGCUCAGAAGAGACCUAAAGUAACCUGAUUCUUUUGAAAGCUAGAUCUCAAGUUACUUGGCCUGUGUCUAUAGGCCUAAGCACGAUACUCUGUACUAUUUUGUCUUCAUUCUAUACAAAAGCUGCUCUAUGUCUAGAAUUUGCUGCAA